AUGGAAUCACUACACGAGAACAGGGGGCCGGAGCUGCAAGCGGUGUGCUCGACAUUCGUUUCUCUUGCCUUUGUAGCCACUGUUUUGAGGGUCUACAUACGAUCUCGCAUCGUCAAGGCUUUCGGCGCGGAUGACUGGUGGAUGGUGGCUGCACUUCUUUUCCAUGUCAUGUUUGCAACUUGCGCAAUAGGCGGUAUUCAUUAUGGCACUGGACGCCAUAUGAGAACGCUUACGAACGAGCAACAGUACAAGGCUCUUCGGUAUUGGUGGCUAUGCUACAUUGCCUACUGCUGGGCAAUGAUUACGUCCAAGAUUUCCAUCGGUCUCUUCCUUCUGCGCGUCACUGUCCAAAAUAUCCACAAGUGGAUCAUCUACAUCGCCAUGGCCCUCACCAUGCUUACUGGACUGGUUUUCUUCUUCGUCACAUUACUACAAUGCACCCCAAUCGCCUUCUUUUGGGACAGACAAAUCAAGGGCGGCUACUGCGUCAAUGUGGACAUCAUCAUUGGCCUGACAUUCUUGUACAGCGCCAUCUCAGUUAUCAGCGACUUUACCUUUGCGAUCUUACCUUUCUUCCUCAUCUGGUCAUUGAACAUGUCUACCAAGACGAAGGCCAUGUUGAUUCCGGUUCUCGGAAUGGCUUGCGUUGCAAGUGUAGCAGUUGUCGUCCGCAUGGCCUACGUUAUGGACUUUAGAGAUCCAGACUUCCUGUGGGCUACAGUGGACAUUGCCAUUUGGUCCGAUAUCGAGCAAGGACUAGCCAUCACCGCCGGUUCCCUCGCCACUCUGCGUCCCCUCUGGCGAGAAAUCGCAACCACGCUCAGCCUCUCGUCAGCUUUCAGCCCCUCUACGCCAUCCGGUAUGCGCACACCACAAUGGAACGGCGACCCGACAUCGAGCCAGUCCCGCAAGAAACCCUCGAUCUACAGCAUGACGAGAUCUCUCUUCCAGACCGAAAAGGGGACUCCAUCAAAGGAGCUCGACGAAGACUAUGGCAUGGGCAAUCUUGCGCCCAUACGGCUACGAGAUGAUCUCUCUGCUGAGAACGAAAAGACAGACAAUGGGUUCUCCACAUGGCGGAUAAAGGGCGGAGGAAGCAAGAUUUCAGACGAGGAGUGCCGUAUUGGGGAAAUCACAAGGGAGACGUAUAUCGAACAGGAACGUGGAACCCGAUGA